UGAUUCGAGCCUCAAUUUCAUUGCGUUUCUUUGCGGGGUUGAACUGUAACAAAAGUGCAACGUUUUCACACUUUUAGCGCGUUUAUUGAAUUAAAAUCACGUCUUCUAUUCCCAAGAGGAAGAUUACAGGUUUGCCGCCAUGUGGAUCCAGGUGCGCACUAUGGAUGGCAAGGAGACCCAUCGGGUCGACUCCUUGUCCAAGCUCACCAAGGUGGACGAGCUGCGCGUGAAGAUCGCAGAGCUCUUCAACAUCGAACCCCAGAGGCAGCGACUCUUUUACAGGGGCAAACAGAUGGAAGAUGGUCACACGCUCUUCGAUUAUAACGUCGGGUUAAACGACAUCGUGCAGCUUCUGGUGCGUCAGGCGACGCUGCCGAAGGACAAAGAGGCCGAGCUGUCCGACUCAGACUCCGGCUGCGGAUCGGCCCAGAGCGAGUCGGAUAAGAGCUCCACGCACGGCGAGAGCGACGGCCAGAGCGCCGGGACCUCGGGCCAGACCGACACGCUGGACCUCAUCGACCCUGGCUUUGGCUUUUACAAGAUAAAUGAGUUUGUGGACGCUCGAGACUUAAACAUGGGUGCCUGGUUCGAGGCGCAGAUCAUUAAUGUGGCAAAAACAACAAAGUGUUCGGAUGAAGACGGAGGCACUGAUGGGGAAGAGGAGAUCAUUUACCACGUCAAAUACGAAGAUUACCCUGAGAACGGCAUGGUGCAGCUGCGCGGGAAAGACGUCCGUCCGCGGGCGCGCACCGUCUACCAGUGGCACCAGCUGGAGCAGGGCAUGAUCGUGAUGGUGAACUACAACCCCGACGAGCCCAAGGAGCGCGGCUACUGGUACGACGCCGAGAUCCAGAGGAAGAGGGAGACGCGCACCCAGCGCGAGGUUUACGGCAAGAUCCUGCUCGGACUCACCACCAUCCCUGAGGACGAGGACUGGUAUUGUCCUGAAUGCCGUAACGAUGCCAGCGAGGUGGUUCUGGCUGGAGAGAAGCUGAAGGAAAGCAAGAAGAAGGCCAAGAUGGCGUCGGCGAGCUCGUCCAGUCAGAGGGACUGGGGGAAGGGUAUGGCGUGUGUCGGCCGCACUAAACAGUGCACCAUCGUUCCCUCCAACCAUCACGGCCCCGUUCCUGGAGUCCCAGUGGGAAUGCUGUGGAAAUUUAGAGUGCAGGUGAGUGAAUCCGGCGUUCACAGGCCUCACGUCGCUGGGAUUCACGGCAGAAGUAACGACGGCGCUUAUUCACUGGUUCUUGCCGGAGGCUAUGAAGACGAUGUGGACGAUGGUAACGAGUUCACCUACACGGGCUCCGGGGGUCGCGACCUCUCAGGAAACAAGAGGACGGCCGAGCAGUCCUGCGAUCAGAAGCUCACCAACAUGAACAGGGCUCUUGCGCUGAACUGCAACGCGGCGGUGAACGAGAAGGAAGGCGCCGAGGCCAAAGACUGGAAAGCUGGGAAACCCGUGAGAGUCGUGCGCAGCUCCAAAGGACGCAAACACAGCAAGUACAGUCCUGAAGACGGCAACCGAUACGACGGCAUUUACAAGGUGGUGAAGUACUGGCCGGAGAAGGGCAAGUCCGGCUUCCUCGUUUGGAGAUACUUGCUGAAACGAAACGACGAUGAACCGGCGCCGUGGACCCGCGAAGGAAAAGAGCGCAUUAAGAAACUGGGGCUCACCAUGCAGUAUCCUGAAGGUUAUCUGGAAGCCGUGGCUGCGAAAGAAAAGGAGAAAGAGAACAAAAACGACGAAGACGUUGAUGAAACGCCCACUAAAGGCAAGAGGAAGAGGAAAUCCCAGACUGUGGACGAGAAGAGCUCUCCGGCCAAAAGCACGCCUAAGAAGAUGAAAGUGGAGGCCUACAAACUGAGCAAAGAGCAGAAGGUCUUGAUCAAGGACGACGAGCUCAACAAGAAGCUGUGGGACGAAGCCAUGGAGUCUCUCAACCUCGGACCUCGCUUCAUCAACAAAGUGGAGGAGGUUUUCUUGUGCAUCUGCUGCCAAGAAGUCGUCUAUCAGCCCAUCACCACAGAAUGCCAACACAACGUCUGCAGGGAAUGCCUUCAGCGGUCUUUCAAAGCCGAGGUCUACUCAUGUCCGGCUUGCCGAUACGAUCUGGGCAAAAACUACGAAAUGACGGUGAACAAACCUCUCCAAGCCAUCCUCACCCAGCUCUUCCCCGGAUACAGCAGCGGCCGGUGUUGACACUGAUGCUGUCGUCACGGCGACGUGACAGAAUUCCACGAACGAAACAUGGAUUUCAUUUUUUAAUAUAUUUAACAAAUGCAUCAGGUUGUAGGAGUGAUGGAAACCUCCGCCUUGAUUGAACACCGCUACUUGAUUUGGCCCUGUUUGGUGACCUGCCUCUAUCUAGCCUCUCGACUUCUAUACGCUGUAGUUAUUUCUUACGAAUUGUGAUCUUCGUAUUUACGAGUAAAGUGAUAAUAGUGGUGUUUUAGCUAUAGCCACUUCAAGUGACGUAUCAUUGCCUCCUUGUACCCUACACCAGCACAAUGAACCAUAGCUAUGCACAAUUACAAUGUUCAUUAAUCAUUUUUCGCAGCAAUUUGUCAUUACGAUGAUUUGUACGAAAACGCUGGCUCUAGAAUCCCGUUGCUUCAUAAGUGCGUUUGACAUUUUUAUUGUACCAUCGUUUGGAACUAACUAAAUUUAACGGAUGCUAAUAUCCCAUCAAGUUUUUUUUGCCAUUUGAUGUUAACAAGCUUUCGUACGAAUGCUAUUUAGAAUGGUGCUGUAGCGUUUUUACAAUUGUUAGCGUUAUCUACAUUUAAAUGAACUAUCUAUGCACUAUUACAAUGUUUAAUUUUUCACAAGCAGUAAUUUGUCAUUGCGAUGAUUUGUCUGAAAGCACUGGCUCUAGAAUCCAGUUAAAACAAUCCCAUUGCGUUAUGAUCAGUGCGUUCGAUGUUUGUACCACCGUUGAUGCUAACUAAAUGUAGAUGAACUAGCUAUGCACUAUUAUAUUAUCUUUAUCUAAUAUUCCAACAACUUUUUCGCCAUUUAUGAUGUUAACAAACCUUCGUACAAAUGUUAAGACCUGAGUGCCGUAGCAGUAACAGUUUUACUGUACAAUCGUUAGCGUUAGCUAAAUUCAAAUGAACUAGCUAUGCGCUGUUACAAUGUUGGCUAAUGGUUUUCGCAAAGUAGUAAUUUGACGUUACGAUGCUUCGUGUGCAAGCGCUGCCUCUAGAAUCCUGUUAAAAUGAUUCAGUUGCAUUAUGAUCUGUGCAUUUGACGUUUUUACUGUACCAUCAUUAGCGCUAACUAAAUGUAAACACGCCAACUGUGUACUGUAUACGAUUUUUGCGACACUAAUAUCCCAACAGGUUUUUUCAUCCUUUAUGUCGUUAACAAGCCUUCAUACGAAUGCUAACAUCCAUGAGUUUAAGGUGCUGUAGCAGUAAUGUUUUUACUGUACCAUCGUUAACUAAAUUUAAAUAAACUAGCUAUGCACUAUAAAGAUGUUUACAACGUUAAUCUUUCAGCAACUUUUUUUGGCCAGCAGUUUUUCGUCAUUUAUGACGCUAACAAGCCUCCGUACAAAUGCUAUUAAAUCCGUGAAUUUAAGGUGCGGUAGCUUUUCUAGCGCGCAAAACCGUUUUACAUUUUGGCUUUAUUAAAUCUUUUAUCGUACUGUCUUUAUUGGUAACUAACUAAAUUAAAAAAUUUAUUCAUUUUAACCUAAUAGUAAUUUACGUUAAAAACUCAACGUUCGUUGAAAUUGAUAAGCGACUAAAUGAAUACGCUCUGAAAUGAAUAGAUAUCAUCCCUCUUUUUUUCCGUUUCGUUUAAUUGCUUCGCUGUUUAACUGCUGUAGGUGCUUUAGAAAUGGAGAGUCGUUUUCCCACUAACUUCUGCCGUUAUGCAAACAGUGGUCAUGCGCGUAAAACCAAUCCGCGAUCUGCAUUUCAGGUGCUGUUUUAAGUCGAUCCCGGAACCGGUUUUAAGCGCUCCUGCUCUGCCUUGACUUGUCGAAGGUUUUCGAGGGAAAUCCUUGAACCGUUUUCCGCACAAACCCCAACAGUUUCUCAUUCAGGAAGUAUUUAAUUGUACCGUCUUUUUUCGCCCGUUGACGUUUUUUGCUUGUUGUAAAAGUUAUUAUAGAAUUUGCUAAAUAAAAUGCCUAAGGCUGCAGAUAAUUACCAUUUUUUUUUAUUUUUUAAACGUUCUUAGUUAUACCUAAACUAUUUCUAAUAUUUGAGUAGACUGGAGCUGUAUAUUCUGAAAUUUGAAAUUGUAUAUUUUUAGCACUUGUAUUUAGCAAUUUUAUGUAGUGGUUGGUGCAUAGCUAUUUUCUUGCACUGGGAUGAGUGCUAUAUUUUUCAAUAAACUGUAUUGAACUUUUAUAUAAAAUAAAACCCUGUGUGUACUCUC